AGUGGUGUGAACAUGCAAAAAUACAACUGCAAAAUUUUGCUGAAAAAACAGAGAUAUGUAACAACAUGGCAAAUAUUAACCUGCUAACUACUAAUCAGUAAAAAUCAGUUUAAAACAGGUUAUAGAAAGACUUGCUUUCAUGACUGAAUAGCAGGAUUUCUGGGGGACUUCAGUGAGAGAUCAAUACUGAACAUGAGAAGGCUUGGUGUAUUUCAUCAAUGAGUUUACUUCAUCAAUAACGUUUCGGGAAAGGCAAGGAUCCGGUGUUGAGCCAAAGUGAAGACGAAGCAGCAACUGCCAGGGUUACAGUGUAAGGAAGGAAAGGUGGUUUUCAAUGAGGGCCUUCCGGAGAACAGUUUGCCAGUUAUCCAUUACAUUAAACUACUCUGGGGGCAGCUGGGUGAAACAUAUCGGAUAUACUGGCAGUGCGAUGUUAUGAUCUGAUGGUUUUGUGGUAGGGGUCAUGUAAAGACAGAGAAUUAUGUCCCGAAGUGUUAAAAAUAAAUAAAUAAAUAAAAAAUGGACUCGUCGCUCCUGACUACCCCGGCCCUGCCGCGCCGCUCCGGGCCCGCCGUCCCGCCCUUCCGCGAGGGCGGGCAGAUCUACGGCGGGGGCGGCAUGGCGGAGGUCGGCGGGCAGCGGUGCGCGCCCCUGGAGCUGUGGGGCCACCUGCGGUCGCCGCGGUGGGAGGCGGCGGACGACGAGGAGGAGAGCGACGAGGACUUCGAGGAGCUGCUGGCGGAGGAUGCGCUCCUGGAGGCCGCCGGGCGGGAGCUGUCGGCCGCGCUGCCCCCGCGCCGCGCCGUUAUUAUACAGGAAUGUAGCACCAAAAAGGAGUAUGAAGUGGUUGGACGUUUUCCAUUAGUUGACCCUUGGUGGAAAGUUAAUGUUAACGCUAAAAAAAUGGGGUCAAAGUACUUUGUGCAAGGAUAUCCAUCGUAUUUUCUGCAGACUGAUGUAGAAGAAAACAACCGACAAGUAUUUUCACUCUUUCUUACGGAAUGUCGUGUUCCUGAAGAUUGGAAAGAAAAAUUUUUUGCUUGGCUUCCUAUGGAGUCUGUGCUGAGUUUUAGCAACCUUGAAGAAAAACUAAAACAGUUCCAAGUUUCACAGCUACAGACAAGAGGGAUCCAAAGAGAUACCAAGGAUUAUGACAUCUUCUAUUAUGUCUCAAAAUCAUUUGCAGGAAAGGCGGUAUUGGGAGCGCUGGCUUUUCCAAGGAUACUGGAGUACUUGCCAAUUCUUCUGCCACGCCACUUUUGCUGUCUGUUAGAUAAGAUGUGUUGGGAAAGAAAGGCUGAUCUGGAUGGUGAGGAGGUAGCUGACGAGAUGGCAACAAAACUGGAUGAGAUACUGAAGGAUGAGCCAUGGAAACUUGGAUUCAGCAGGAUUAUGUAUAAGGAGAUGAACAUUCCUUACUGUGAGGCAACAUGGGCUGCCUUCUGUCAGUGUGAACAUCUCCUCUGGAAGAUUCCUGACUUGCAGAAGAAUGCAUUAAUUCUGUAUGAUCAGCUCAAGUCACGCUGUAGACAAAUGGGACACACAUACGAAGAUCAAGAUGAAUUAGCUCGUUUGGUAUCCAAACACAUGUCCAUUGAGCAUGUUUGGCAAUCUCUUGAAUUUUUGAAAGAUCAAAAUGUAGUGAUUAGGGAGAAAACGCUGGUGUUUCUGCCUCAUCUUUACAGAUCUGAAAAAGAUAUUGCAAUGUAUGUAGGUGACCUUCUGUCAAACCACACAUGGAAACUGGAUGUGGAUGUGAAAAAGAUACUUAACAUUUCUGAGGCACCAAGAGAAAGUGCAGAUAACAAAAUGAAUAUUACCCAGGCACAUGAAAUAGAGGAAAAUAAUCCGGACAAUCAUAAUGGUGAAAAUCACUUCCCUGAAAAGGAGGUGGGCUCUGUGUCUGGUAUCCAAAGUAAAGCAGAGGUAGACAAAGAUCAGGUGAUUGCUGUAAAAAAAAUUUGUUCUAAUCCUGUCACAAUCAUAAGUGGAAAAGGAGGCUGUGGGAAGAGUACAAUAGUUAGCUGCCUUUUUCGUCAUUUAAAGCAAAUGGAAAAAGAAGUGGAAGCUGCUUCUAAGGACUUUGAAGGAGACUUGGAUGCAUCUGAGGAAUGGAAUACAUUUGAUCACCACUGGGAAUCAGAGAAUAUGUGUGCAAAAAAAUAUUUGAAUGUACUAUUCACUGCACCUACAGGGAGGGCAACAAGUCUUUUGAGAGAAAAAACACAGCUUCCUGCAUAUACACUGCAUCAGAUUAUCUAUAGUUUUAAAUCAUGGAGGCGGAGUGUCCAAGAACAGCCAUGGAAAUUUUCUGCAGUUACGGUUCUCAUUGUGGAUGAAGGAAGUUUGGUGUCUGUACACAUUCUUAGUUUAGUUUUGAAACUCUUGUGUGAGCAUGCUCAGCUUGCAAAACUUAUUAUUCUAGGUGAUACUAGACAGCUACCAAGCAUAGACCCAGGAAACAUGUUAGCUGAUAUCUUUGAGGGUCUAAAACCGAGAGGCUUUUCAGUGGAACUGCGAACUAACCACAGAGCUGAAUCGCAACUAAUUGUAGAUAAUGCGUCAAGAAUCUCUCACCGGCAGCUUCCUGAAUUUGAUGAGGUGCUGAAAGUUUCUGCUUGGAAUGAGGAAAUAACAAUGCCAGUCCCGGAGAAGAAAUUUAUUUUUAUUGCUUUGCCUGCUGGCGGGAAUUGUGAGAAUUUACAAACUGCAAUAAAGAUAUUACUUAAAAAAGGGCCGGGAUUGGAGGAUGCCAAACAAUCGCAAUUCAUUGCUUUCAGAAGGCAAGAUUGUGAUCUAAUAAAUGAACUUUGUUGCCAACACUAUUCAAAUCAUUUAACAAGAGACCAUAAGAACAGACUUCUGUUUCAAACUGGGGACAAGAUUGCCAGCACGCGCAAUGUUUAUCUCAAGGAUCUGUUGGCAGCCUGUGGUGUCAGAGAGGGUUCUAAUGGCCAGGAAUGCAGAAGUGAAGAAGAAACCACACUCACUGCAGAGUCUGAUGAGGAGGGCAAACGACUCUGCAAUGGAGAUAUAUUUUUCAUAACAGAGGAUGCAGAAAUUGAUAAGCAGCGCUUGCUGACCAUCAGCAGCACGUACGGCUCCACGUACACUGUGAACUACAAGGCACUGAGGAAGCUGUGUCACAUAAAGCAUGCCUGGGCCAGAACUAUUCACACGUUCCAGGGCUCGGAGGAAAGGACCGUGGUGUAUGUGGUUGGCAACGCCGGCCGGCAGCACUGGCAGCAUGUGUACACAGCUGUGACCAGGGGACGCUGCCGUGUCUAUGUCAUAGCUGAGGAACUGCACCUCAGGAGAGCGGUAAAGAGCAAGCAGAUCACCAGAAAAACGCGUUUGCAGAGAUUUUUGAGAGAGGCAAUUGCAGAAACAAACAACUGUCCCAAACAAACGCUCUCUCCCCUGACGAAGUGCUGGCAAAGUCAAGAGCUCGAGACUCUGUCUGUUUCUGUUACUCAAGGUGCUCCUGACCCACCUGAACUUCAAAGUGACCUCAUGAUACAGGAAGGGUCAUCAGUUCUCAGUAAAGAGAAGAUUGGCAGUUUGCAGCAAAGUCCAUGUAAAAGACAAAUCCCUGCAUCUGAGGAUGCUACAAAAAUACCCCCGACAACAGUAGAAGAAUCCCCACUUGGAUCUUCCAGACUUAAGAAUCUAACAUUGGGACAGCAAAUUCCUAGGAAGCUUUUCAAAAGCUAACAGACAAUUAUUAAUUGGUCAAGGUAUGAACCUUUACUGAACCUGUUGAAGAUUUUUGGGAUGGAGACGCUGAAUAUGGAAGUGCCUUUCAAAGGCUUUCUUGGUUUUGCAUGUUCUAUGAAGAAGAGUUUGUUUUAUGCUGAACCUCUUAAAUUUUCAGUGAUCCAUUUCUAGUAGAUUCACUGGUGUACUGGUCAUCAAAAAUCAUGUAAUUCUUUUGUUUUGCUGAAGAAUGAAUUUACAGGUGUUUGAGGUUCCAGAUGUUCCUUUUAAAAAUACACAAGGAUGUAUUUUGGUUUAAAGACUCCUAGCUGUCCAUACCACGAUUUAUCCAUCUCCAAAUGCUGCAGUAUUGAUGAGAAGCUCUUACCGAUGUGCCAAAACGAUAGAUUCUUUGAGUAAAAAAAACAGUUUGCAAAGGGGUCUAGGUGUUUCUGAUGUGACAGAUUUGUGGCCAUGAAGCUUUGAUGGGAUUAUGGAUUUUAAUCUUGUUAUAGACAUAACAAGAAAGUUGCAAUCAGUGACAUAGAAAACUUUUUCUAUGAUGUAGAACUUGCCAUUGCUGCUUUAGCUAAUAAUUGUAUGCUGAUGAUGAUCUUGGUAAGGAAAGCAAAACUCCAAAUCAGAGUUCAAAUAACAUUCCACUUUCAGCUUUCUCAUGCUCAUGUAUACUGUGGGACUUGCUGCAUUACAAUUUUGAGAUUAAUAAAUCAAAUGUUAAAUCAAACAUCAGACACAUUGCACUAAAAUGUGGACAACCUGCUUACCUUUAACAAUCUUUUCAUAUAGGGUAGGAAAAAGUAUAUCACAAACAUAAAAAUGGUAUUUUUUCUAAAACCAUGGGGGAAAAUCUGGGAAAAAUACGAAGUAGAAAAACUCUACCUCAUUUUUAAUGUCUUCAAAUCACUGUUUAUUUCAAUUUAUACAGUUUUUCCAUACAAAUAUUUGCAACAGUUUUAAUUUCAAAAAACAUAACAUAGACGAUAAAUAUCAUGCUAUUAAAGUAUUAAAUUUGUACAAAAAUA